UGCUUCUCUUGGUGAUAUGCACUGUGUUGUACCGGCUGGGUGACUAAAUAUGGCAGCGGUUAUAAACACCGAGCUGGAUCCAGUUUUCUUAAAAGCACUUGAUUUCCUCCACUCGAAGAGCAAAGACUCCGCUGAGAGACUGAAGGCUUUAUUGGACGAGUCUCUGUGCAAGGGCCUCGACUCUGGCUAUCGGCCACCUCAAAAGGACCAUGAUCCAGUUAAAAUCACUCUACCUAAGCCGAAAUCAGAUGUCAAGGUGAGCACCAGUACUCAUAGUAGCAACAUCCAAAGCAAGCCACUGCCGCCAGAGAAAAUUAAGAAGGAAGCCGAGAAGAGAUCAUCUGAUAAGAUGAAGCCGGAUAUUGGAGAUGCUGUGGAUUUACCAAAGAAACCUCGUUUGGAGAAACCAGAAGCUCGUUCCUCUCCAAAUUUGGUGCAGUCCAGCAAGGAUCUGCCUAUUCCUGACCUGUCUAAUUUUGAUGAAACUAGUGCUGAUGACUUUGCCAUGGAGAUGGGUCUUGCCUGUGUGGUCUGUCGACAAAUGACGGUGUUUUCUGGUAACCAGCUGGUCGAAUGCCAGGAGUGCCAUAAUCUGUAUCAUCAGGAUUGCCACAAACCUCAAGUCACAGAUAAGGAUGUGAAUGACCCUCGCCUGGUAUGGUACUGCGCCCGCUGUACUAGGCAGAUGAAGAGAAUGGCACUAAAAAAUCAGAAGCCACCCCAGAAACCUGCCUCUUCCACAGCAUCGGCAGCAAUGCCAGUUGUAAAGGACACAUCCACCAUCAAACCUGAGCUGAAGCCCAAGCCAGAUUCUGCAACUUCCUUCCUAGCUUUUAAGAGAUCAGAAGUAAAGGUCUCCUCUGCCUCUUCUGGGAAUUCCUCCAAUUCUGGGUCAUCAUCGUCUGCUGCAAGUGGUCUUACUGGCUGGGCAGCAUUCGGAGCUAAGACUGCCAAUGCAGUGCCAGUAACCUCAAAGCUUGGAAGCUCAGCACCGACUGCCAGUGGUAAACCUCCCAAUAUAGCUGCAGGUCCGAAAUCGUUGGUUUCAACUAGCCUAGCACAGAUAAAGUCAAGCUCUACAUCUAAACCAGGAUCGGGGAGCAGCAACACAAGCUCCUUACCACUAAAGCCACUACCACCACUCGUUCUGGGAAAGACCAGUCUUAGCCGUUCUAUGAGUAGUGACAAUGUGAGCAAAACAGGUCUGCCUAGUCCAAGCGUUGGUUCAUCUGGAAGCAGUAUGAGUAGUCAAAUGGGCAGUAGUAAUGGAGGAGGCAGCUCUGCAGGAAGCAGCGGGAGCUCUAGUAGCAAGGCAGCUGUAGAUACCAGCACACAGUCUGGAGCCAAGGGUCCUACUUCUCAAGAAUCACAGUUACAAGCCAUGAAGCGGCUUCAAAUGGUGAAAAAGAAAGCUGCACAGAAGAAAUUAAAGAAGUGAUUAUACUGUAUAUACUACUGACCAUAGAGGUGCUGUGCAUAGAAUUGCCAGCAGCAUUACAGAAGUGCUCAAAUAUACCACAAUGCAGUGUAACGGCCUACUGUGAUUAUAUAUUCCUAGUGAAUGUAUAAUGAGAAAGGUUUUGUAUCUUGCAGCUCA